CCAACCUACGCCUCAUCCCUUCUCAGGGAUCAAUAUAUAUCUCCUGACAUACCCUUGACACCGAAUUCAUUCGAGGAUUAGUGGUUUCUGGAUCAUCUUUACGUGAUACUACUAAUGUCUCGAGCACUAGGUCAGGAUGACAGCACCAAAACAGCGUCCGGGUCGCUCUCUCUUCCUCCCUUUCGACUCCCUAGCUAGGACGUGUCCUCCCGGCGCAACCCACUGUUUUCUGAUUUUGAUGAGACCUUGAAAACCUUUGAGAGGGGUCUGUUGCACUGUCCUUAUAGUCGACUGUCGAGCUGGUCCCUUUCUGAAACGUCUCCUUAUUGUCCAAGUCACCGCCAUGAAUCCCAAGCCCGUUGCAGCUUCAUUCUGAUUUCAAGGGCGUGCGAUAGGAUGUACGCAUAGAACCCGAGCCGAGAUCCCGAUUCUCUGAAGGAGAUGUCGGGCGGGACCUUCAUGCGCUCAUUGCGCUGAUCUGAUGUCUAGUAUUGGAAACCAACAUGCUUUAGAGAUAUCCCUGACUUCAAAGCUUCCCCUUCCAGACCAGGAGGGACAUGAGGCGGGAAUUUUUUUUCAGGCCUCGGGACUUACAAGAUCAAAAGGUCUUAUAAGUAGUCGUUCUUCGCUGCUCUUUUCUUGUCAGUUUCCAUCUCACUCCAACUCACCAUCCACCUUCCAAGGCAGCUCAGCAAUCCCAUCUGGCUCCUCAUCUCACACUUCCAUCCCCGUCAUUACAUUACGAUUUCAUAUUCUCUUUGAUAUCACCAUGCACUGGGCUUCUGUUCUGCUCCUAUCGCUCGGAACCCUCUCCGAAGCCCGCCUGGAGAGAUGGAGGGCACGGGGUUAUCCGAACGAUUCGCGUCCGCCCGUCCCUUCAUGCACGGGCGAAACGGAAACUGUCCAUGCCCCUGCCUCCACGCUGAGGGAGACCGUCACGGAAUCCAUCACUGUCACCGAACCUGCUCUGACAGUGACUGUGGUGAAAACAAUGCGGAAGCCCGAGACAGAGACCGUUGAGGUCGAGUACACUCACGAGGGCCCCGGUAUCGUGACGGAGACCAUCUGGAAGCCCAAUCCGGAGACCGUCGAGUACACUUACGAGGCGCCCAUCACUGAAACUAAGACCAUUCUGAAACCCACCACUGAGACUAUCGAGCACACUUACGUGGAGCACACCGACGAGGCUCCCGUCACGGUGACCAGGACCAUCAAGUACGGAGGCCAAAAUAUAACCACCUACUCUUCCGUCGGAGAGUCUGAGGAAACCGAGUCAUUCCUGUAUUCACAUACACAUCCUUCCAACGCCACCUACGGUUCGGAGACUAUCCGCAGAGUUGUGACAACCACCCGUACACAAUACGUCUACGAGACGCAAGCUCCAGCGAACCCUGAGGAUAAUGGAUACGGCGAUUCCGACUUUGAGGAGUAUGGGCCGGAAGACGAUUAUGCUGGCUGUGAUGAGACGUACCAAGGUGGUGGUGACGAGGACGACUCGUACUACGGAGGCAGCGAUGAGGAACAUCAUUCCUAUGGGCCCUCCCAUCCCUCCUAUUCCGAGGAGCAGCCCGGCCACAAGAAGUGCACCAACUCCACCAAGUACGAGUCCAGCAAGACCUCCGCCAAGACCACCACCAGCACCACUCAGUCAGAUACCGUGACGGAGUACAUUACUGUCUUUCCCUCCCCAUCGGCCCUCAGCCCCACGACGUUGACUAAGAAGAGCACAACGCCCCUCAGUGCCUCGACCGAGCAAGAGACGGAGUAUGAGACAGUCGUCGAAUCCACUUCGGAGCUCCCUUCAACUUCCGAGCUUCCUUCCACCUUUGAGCUCCCUUGCACCUCUGAGCUUCCUUCCACUUCUCAGCUGCCUUCCACUUCUCAGCUCCCCACCACCUCUUCGGUCCCUUGCAACUCCACCGUGCCCGUGUGGUAUGGCACCUCCAGCGAGCCGACGGCGUACUCGACCCAGCGGGAUAGCUACCUCGACGGCAGUGGCUAUGGCUAUGGCUAUUCGUACGACAAGCGGAUGCCCAAGGCGCCGCGCAGGGGCAUUUUCGGUUCCCGAUGGGCGCGCUGAACGAAAGUGACAGCCACCCUUGAACGGGAAGGGUUGAUUCUGACUUUCUUCCCGUGACUUUUCUUCUCUCUUCCUUCUACUUCUUUCCUUUCUCUUCUUCAACCUACACACCUUUAUAAUCUCCUCAGGUGCAGUCACUUACUGUACACACAUGCAAUGUCCAAC